AUGGCGAUCUUUUCCGAUGUUCUGGCAUAUCAGCUCCAAGUUGCGCAGGACAAGCUCAUUGACCUCAGAAGCGUGCUCUGGGACGCGAGCCUAAGGGCGUCGUUGCUGCCGAGGGCGCCCGAGGGCGCCGAGGAGGGCGCGGCGGCCGCAGCGGCCGCGGAGGACCCGCACGCGGAGGCCGACCGCUCCGAUGCGGAGGCCCCCGCCGCGGUGCAGCAGGACGACAGCCUUCACCGCCCCCUCCCGCCGUGGAACCACUUGUCGGCGGCCUGGGAGCGCGCGGGAGGCUCGGCGCAGGCACUGCUGGGCUCCCUUCUGGGCUUCGUGGCCGCUGGCCUGCUCGGGCGGCGCGGGCGCGCGCGCGAGGCGGCGGAGGCGCGCGCCGAGAUCUGCCAUCUUUUGGAGGUUCACGCCAUUGAGGUGGAGCAUCGCGAGAAGGACGCGCAGAAGGCCUCGCGGUGCCUGGCGGAGUACCAAGCGCGGGUGGAACAGAUCAUGGCUGAGCACGCCGACGCGACGAAAAAUCAGGAGUCCGCCCACGAGCUGGCCAUCCGCCGCGGGAACCACCACGAGCUGGCGGCCCGCCGCGCACACGAGGAGUGCGAGGAGCAGGCCCUGCAGACGGAGCUGGCCGCGCGCCAGUGCGAGCGUCUUACGGCCGAACUGGGCCGCUGCCGCCAGGACGCGACCAGGAGGCCCUGCUCCGCCAGGAGAGCGCGCAUAGGGCGGCGGCAGACCUCGUGGAGGCGAAGGAGACGUCCGCCGCGCUGA